AUGGAGGACUAUGUUGAUAUCCCCGAGGAGUCACGGCGACACAUCGAGGCUUUGUUGGCAAGACAUCAUCCGCAAAUGAUUCAGAGAAUGUUUUCACAGACACUCGAGUCUCGUCGCAAUUCUGUAUCAUCUCUGGCAUCCACAAACACCACUGCGACGAGCUCAACUUCGUCAUCUGGCUCCUCGUGGCGAUCCCGCUUGUCCAUCGCAUCGACUUUCUCCACUUCCACUGGUAGCAGCGAUGCGGCCUCGGUCGCUUCAUCGGCCUCUUCGCGCUUCAAGCUGAGAGGAGCAGGGCCCCGUUCGUAUCCAGUUGGCCUUGAUCCAACCCGGCCCGUUCCUGCUAUGUUGACGCCUGCUUCUGAUGUUAGCAGUCCCCUUGACAGUCAGCUUGAGCAUGGUGUUACUCCCACAGACGAUAUCAGCAUCGCCUCAGACAUCUUAUUUCCCGAUGAGAAAGGUCAAAGCCAGUCUGGGGAGUCGUACAUGUUUUGUACUUACUGCGCCGAACAAAAGUCUCUGAAGACCUUCAAGGCAAAGUCUGACUGGAAGAAGCAUGAAAUGAGGAUGCAUGAGACUGGCGAAGAUUGGGGUUGUGUGGUGAUUGGGUGUAGUCGCAUUUUCGAUCGUCAGAAAGAUUUCAUCAAGCACCACCAACGUUACCACUCUGGACGGCCCCUGCCCUCUUUGACGGACAUUGGCAUUACUCUGCUCCCCAGAAGAGUCUUCGGUUGUGGCUUCGACAAGUGCAAGGAAGUGAGCAUUGGUUGGGACGACCGGUGUGAUCACGUUGCAAAACAUAUGAAAAACGGUGCAACAUCCGAGCAGUGGAGGUACUCGAACGUGCUACGUAACCUGAUACGACAAGAAGCGCUACACGAGACUUGGAAGGAAAUAGUCGCUUGUCUGGAUGAGCGAUUGAAAGAGAAUCGAGCGCAGAUCAGCUGGUGCCCUGACAAUACCAGAGUCUUACGACAGAAGCUGCAAUGCUGUGACCUCAGACCAAGUCGGGAGGAGGUUCUCAUUACGGCUCUGAGCUUGCGGUCCGAUAUUGUAGUGGACGCUGUUCACCAACAGCUUCCGACUGGCUUCGUCACCCCUAGCAGAGACUCUGUGCCGCAUGUCGACAGGUUGACCCGUGAGCAACGCAUGCAGAUACUCAUCGGACACUCGAACGUCCAACUAUCUCGGACAAGACUGGCAGGUCUCAAUGCCGCCUUGCUUGGCGUCACAACGCACACGCCAAACUAUCAUUGCGGAUCGUCGCCCUUUGCUGAGCCCAACUCGCCCACUAUCGAUACGACCGAGCGGCGUAUCAGCUACAUGGAUAUAGACCCAGGAGAUUACUUAGACGUCGCGCAGCCUCCCAUACCGGAUCUUCAUCUCAGCAUGAGCGCGCCUCAAAUCCAUACUCCUGUCACCGACAACGGGCAGUCACUGCAACAACAGCCGGCCAACUACAUCGACCAGAACAAGUCAUCCCCGAAUCCGCUGGGGCGGUACUACCCCAACUACUUCGAUGUUGCACCCCAGUUCGAAGAGUCACAGUAUUACGACCGACCGUCACUCGGUCAGAUGAUUGCAAAGCCUCUGCACAAGAUUGGUAACCGCUUGAGCCCAUCCAGAAACAGCUCACGACCGACAUCACAUGUUGAGCAAAGCCAUGCCGACAUCGAUUUCGGCAUUCAAAACCCAGUGGCAGCUUUGAGCAUGCGUAACAUGCAUGCACACAUUCAACCGCAGCAGCAUAUGCAGUCAUCGCAACAUUACCAGCAGCAACAUGCACAACAGCAGCCGCAACAGCAACAGCAACAGCAACAGCAACCAAUUGUGCAUCCCCAGCCCCAACACUUCCGCAACCCUGCACAAAUGCAGGGUCAACUACAUUUGUUCACGACUCACAACUAG